AUGGCUCAACUGACCGACCAGGUGGUCGAUCAGAUCGCCCAGCUCGAUGCCGCCCGCAAACUCGUCCUCGGCGACGCCGCCUUUUACCCGCAAAUCGUGAACGGCAUCCUCCCGAUCAUCGGAGCUCACUCGCGACUCGAAUUGCGAAGAUGGGGCGCCGAAUUUUUGGCAGAGACCUUUGCCAGCCCGGUGUUAGCUAUAGCGCAGAAGGAGCUGCUCGCGCCGAGCGUUCUGCAGACCGUUCGAGAGAUCCUGGAGCUGCCCGAGGCGGACGCAGCGGUCCUGCAGAGCUUGGUGCAGACUGCCACCAGUCUUUAUCCGCUAGUCUUUAGGCACAUUGUCAACCAUCCGGAAGACGGCCAGGCGUGGGAGACGAUGAAUGCCAUUAAACAAGACAUUCUGCGCAAAAUGGAUUCUUUCCAGUGCCCUAUCAAGGUCUGCUGUGUCAAAUUCCUUCAACGCGUGGUACAGGUUCAGACGCCCGGUUUGAUUUCAGACCCCAGACGUCCGGAACAAAACGAAACAUCACUGGCCAUUGUCCCUCGAACUCACGCUGUUCUGUCUAUCCCAAACCUGGAGGCCGAGUCAUCAGGUCUGCUUGACCGUCUGUUGGAUGUUUUCCAAGAAGAAACAAGUGACCCGCUUCUUGUCAACGCGACUCUAAACUGCCUCACCCCCCUCAUUCGCACGCGCCAGUCAAUCGCGAACAAAAUCGUCAAUGCGGUCUUGGACUUCUAUCCUGCAAGACAUGUUCGUCCGCCUCUUACCCCGACUGUCCGCGUCAGUGUCAAGUCGAUGGAACGAACAUCGCGGGCCUUGAUUGUCAACAUCUUGAAGAAGAACCCGAAUCAUCCUCUGGCGGGUAGGAUGCAAGUGUAUAUUGAGCGAUUAAUGCAGUCAAAGCUUGAGAUGACUGAUGAUGCUUCUCGGAAGCGCGGGCUACCUAAUGAGCCGAUAGACGGGCUUGACAGCGCCAAACGGGCACGUCUGGAUGCCAUGACUCCUCCGUUGCUCAAAAUUCCGCCCUUGCCACCAGGUCCCACCAGCUAUGAUCGACUUUUCACUUUGACACAAGAUGCCGGGCUUUCGUCUUUCGACGUGAAACAGCUUCCGCCCGAUCUAGUCGUGAAGAUUGCUGUUCCCCUCCUUGCACAAGUCAAUCCGUCCUUGCUUACGCAGGCCGUCGACGCGGUCCGCACACGAUAUCAAACUGUGACUAAGGAGCAAACCCGACAGCGGCAGCAGCAGCAGCAAGCAGCCGUGGCAGAUGAAGAUGAUGAUUACGAACCCGAAUACCAACCUAUGGACGUGGCCGAAAAUGUCGCGGAAGAAACCAAUGCUGUUGCAGCGGAAGUCGCAGACAUCGAGGCUGAUUUCGUAUCUUUGGGUCCAUUCAUCUUACCGCAACCGCCUCCAUUGAGUGAAACAGAGGCUGGGGAAGUCGGGCGGAGUGCCGUCGCGCGCGUGUUUGGCAUGCUGAAUGUCGCUGAAACAUCACCUGCGCCCGCCAAGGGCAAGAGCCAACAACAGCUUGGAUUUGCACGGCUUGCUGGGAGCACAUUUGAUCGCGACGCAUGGGUCGUGCUUCUGGCUCGACUGGCCACGCGCGCCCCAGCUGGUCUGGAGGGAGGUGGCCCGUCGGGCAAAGGUGCCACCAUUUCCGACUCGAUCCGAGAGACGUUGUAUCGAUACAUUCUGGAAGAUUUCCGCGCUCGACUCAGUAUUGGGAUCUCCUGGCUGAACGAAGAAUGGUAUAAUGACCGUGUCCAAAUGAAGUCUGCAGUCACGCAGCGUGCCGACGCCGAGGAAGAAUCGGAACCUACUCUACCCUUGCACUAUGACACCUGGGUGAUCCGGCUCCUCGAUGGACUUCUGCCCUACUUGGAUUCCCGCGAUAUCAAAGUGCUGGCCCGCUUUUUGAGCGAGAUUCCUGAGGUCACCAUCCCCAUCAUCCAGCGAGUGGCCAGUCUAGCGAAAGACCCGGAACGUGUCAACCUCUGCAUCCAGUCCCUGUUGUAUCUGAUUCUAUUUCGCUUACCGGCUCGAGAAAUGAGUUUGAACGCGUUAGAAGAUCUUUACCGGACAUAUGAGGAAGCACGCCCCGCGGCCGGCAAGGUCCUUGCCAAAUGGCGUCCCCAAGCGACAGAGCCACCGGCUGCUGCCACAAACGGGGCGCCCCCAGCACCAGAGAUGCAGUCUGGUGCGGCGUCAGGAUGA